AUCUGUCCGCCAUUACCCCCCCCCCCCCCCCCCUCCCUCUCUCUCUCUCUCUCUCUCUCUCUCUCUCUCUCUCUCAGGAAACAAAGAUCUUUCUUGGGAUUUUUGUUUCCUUUGUCAGUCUCAUCUGUUUCACACAACUUUCAACUUUUCACUCUCGAUAAUCGAAGAAAUCCCUUACCACUUUUGUCCCUUUCUCUGUAAAUGUUGAAGAGAAGGAAGACGAUGAACUUCUCUCGAUGUCUGUUUUUCUCCUUGCUUGCAUUUUGCUUCUUCAAUUUCGUCUCUGCAGCCACUCUCGUAGAAGAUGAAGUUCAAGCUUUAAAAGACAUAGCGAGGACGAUGGGGAAGACGGAUUGGAAUUUUAGCGUAGACCCUUGCAGUGGGCAGGCGGGUUGGGUCAGUCCGAACCCGAUCAAAGGAGAAGAGAAUGCGGUCACAUGUAACUGCAGUGACGCCAAUAGUACUCUGUGCCACGUUGUCAGUAUAGUUCUCAAGGCAAAAAAUCUUCCGGGUACUCUUCCACCAGAACUAGUCAGGCUCCCUUUUCUCCAAGAAAUUGAUCUAUCUCGAAACUUUCUCAAUGGUAGCAUUCCAAAAGAAUGGGGUGCAUUGCCACUGGUUAAUAUCUCUCUUCUUGGAAACCGGCUAACGGGUCCGAUUCCUAAAGAGAUGGGCAAUAUUACCACUCUUGCCAGUUUAGUUGUAGAGUCCAAUCAUCUAUCAGGGGGGUUGCCUCCGGAGCUUGGACAUCUACCUAAUCUUCAAAGAGUAUUGCUAAACUCAAAUAACUUCAGCGGGGAAAUCCCAGAAGCAUUUGCUAACCUGAUAUCACUGAAUGACUU